AUAAACAACUUUAUCUGAAGUAGUAUAUUCUUUAGUAAAAUGUCUUCUUUAAAUAGUUUUCUUUAACAAAUUGUGUUCUUUUGAUAGUUUCCUACAGAAAAGUGUCAUUUGUUUACAGUUUUCCAUAGAAAAGUUGUUUGUUUGAUUUGUUUUUUUUUUAACCGCCCAAAUAAAAAUCCUAGUUUCCACUUAAUUGUUGUCAUGGUUUCUUGUCCCUAGUUAUUUAUUUCUUCUAACUUCAUUGUCAAUUAAUUCGAAUAAAAUUCAUCAUUAAAAUCAUUUCCAUAAACAUGUCGAAAAAGUCGCCAGAAGAUGCUUUUUACGAUAAUCUACUGCUGGGACUUAACUCCACCCUAACUAAUGUUCCACGCAUUUGUAAUGUGACCAUGGAAAAAAGAUCACCCUGUGAAAAAUCAAAUGUCAUGACUUGGGAACAGAGACAUGGUGUUUAUUUGCCCGAGGAUAUGAAGAAAUUCUAUUUAUCUACCGAUGGUUUUCUCCUACACUGGAGUUAUCAAUAUGCUCCCAAUGAUAUCAGACGUGUAGGCUAUAUACAUUUUCCUCAUUUGGUGCAAAUUACUUUGUUGCGUGAAAAUGUUGAGCCAAUUUUUCAAAACAAUAAUGAAAACUCCUCAGCCACUUCUUCGAGUACAUCAUUAUCUACUCUUCCCACAAGCAGUUCUACCAUAAAUACUCAUUUAUCAGCUCAUCAUCUUAAUACUAAUACAACAUCAACAUCAUCUACUUCCCUGAAUUCUCUUAAAGAUCAAUGGGGCAAUCCUUUGCCUUUGAUAGGUCCCAAAACUAAAAUUUUCGAAUUAAAUACUGUCAAUGAAAUGGCCAAAGUGUGUUUGAUUUAUGAUUCAUCUUCAUCAAAUAAUCCUAAAAUUUAUCUAUUGGAAUUGGACUCUUUCAAAUGGAUAUUUUUAGCCGAAAACUUUAGUGAAUACUUGCGCAUGGCUAUAGCACAUUUGGGUUUACCCUAUUGGGAGUUAUGUUUUGCCUCAUGUGGUCUGCCCUCUUGGACGGAGCAAUUAUUUCUAUUGUUAGCUCCACAUCUGUUAGAGAAAAAUGAGCCACGUCGUGCUCGUUUAAUAAAUCCUGCUCCGGAACAUCCUUAUAAUAUAGUGGAUCCUAAUAUAUUUCGUGUUAAGGUCAAGACAAAUGCGUCUAAAACAAGUUUGAAUGCCAAACACAAAUAUGAGGGGAAGAAAUAAAAAUCACAUCAGAAUCAGUGUCUUCUAUAAACAGUUUUCUCUUUAAAAUCUUCUUUCAACUAAUUUCUAGAGUUUCCUUUGGAAAGUGUUCUGUUCUCUAUAGAAAAGUGUGUUCUUUACACUUUAUUGUAUAGAAAAUAGUUUCCUUUAGACUUUAUUCUAUAAAUAGCUGUCUUCUAUUCUCUAUAGAAAAGUGUGUUCUUUACACAUAAUUUUAUACAAUUGUAUGUUUACUUUUGACUUUAUUCUAUAAAUGGGUGUCUUCUCUAGAGAGUCUUCUAUAGAAAAAGUGUAUUUCUUAUUAAUUUUCCUAUAAAAAAGUUUCUUUUUUAGUGAGUCUUCUAUAGAAAAGUGUAAUUUUUCUAUAGAUAGGUGUCUUAUUUAGAAUUUCUUUAUGUAAAUGAGUAUUCAUACAUAUUUUCUAUAGAAACGUUUCCUUUGGACUUUAUUCUAUAAAUAUAUUUCUUCUCUAGAGAGUCCUUUACAGAAAAAGUGUAUUUUUAUUA